CUCCAAGAUCAGGCCAGAAGAUUAGCCAGUUGAUCCGUAAUUCCUCAAGAUCAGGCCAGGGGAAUAAAGCUGUGGUGACACUAUUUAUAUGUCCCUUAUGUCAGGCCGAAAGCAUAUCACAGAAAGGACUAGUCACCCACAUAAAAGCAGCUCAUGAUAACGUUUCCUUUGAAGAGGCAAUUAAGAUAUUGGGCCAAUGUAGAAUUUGUGGUCUUCAGUUACAUAACUAUGAUCACAUGUCUGCUCAUAUCGAGUUGGAGCACAGUGCUGUUGCUACUGGCUUGUUUUUCAAAAUUCUUGCAGAAAGUUAUCGGAACAUUGCAAUUAUGUGUCCUCACGAUGGUUGUCUUGUGUCUGCUAGAAGUGAAGGGGAGCUCAUUGGUCAUUUCAAUGUUCACAAUGUUCAAAUGAACAGGUGCAUGGCGAACACAACAUGUGUGGCAAAGUUUCCACUCUGGAGUAGUUACCGGAAUAUAGAAUGUAAUUGGUAUGGACAUGAUUGCACAUUUGCCACAACAUCCUGCAAGGAAAUGUUCGAUCACAUUGACAGAAAACAUGGGAGAAUGAAUGCAGAUUAUUUUUAUGGUUCAUUCAGAGCAACAAAAGAUUUCAAGGGACCAUUCAGUAAGC